AUGAGGAUCAUACUUCUGCUGUACUGGCUUGGGGUGUUUCUGUCCUUUUGUGGACACACUGAGGCUGACUACUCCCAAUACCAUAGUCGCCCAGAAGUGGUGAUUCCUUUGAAGAUACUUGGCACUGGCAGAGGCGUGAAGCCUUCAGACUGGCUCUCUUACAGCCUGCAUUUUGGGGGCAGGAAACACAUUGUCCACAUAAAGGUCAAGAAAUAUUUGCUGUCCAGGCACCUCCCAGUGUUCACCUACACAGAUCAAGGUGCUCUCCUUGAGGACCAACCCUUUGUUCACCAUGACUGCUACUAUCACGGUUAUGUGGAAGGGGACCCAGAAUCCCUGGUUGCCCUCAGUUCCUGUUUUGGUGGCUUCCGAGGAUUGUUACAGAUAAAUGACAGUGCUUAUGAAAUUAAGCCCAUGACUUUUUCUACUAAAUUUGAACAUUUGAUAUAUAAAAUGGAGAAUGAGGAGUCUCAGUUUUCAGAAAUGAACUCUGACUUUGUGCUAGAGGAAAUUGUACCCCAACUGGAGUCUCAAGAGAUUAAUAAUUUCACUCAGAAGCAAACUGGUUAUGGGAGCUGGUGGCGCCAUUUUUUUAUUGUUGAACUAGUAGUGGUGGUGGACCAUACUCUAUAUCUUCAUAUAAAAAAGAAUAUUUCAAAGUAUACUGAAGAGCUAUAUACUAUCAUAAAUAUAGCAGAUUCCAUUUAUGAGAUUUUGGGUAUUAGAUUGUUAUUGUUUGGUAUGGAGUUCUGGACUAAAAAAAACUACAUUGAAGUUAAUGAUAUAAGGAGAUCUCUGAAAUAUUUUUGCAUUUGGAAAAAUGGUAACCUUGCUCCCCGCCUGCCACAUGAUACUGCACAUCUUUUUAUGCAUAAACCAGUACGAGGAAUGAGUGGUUUAGGUUAUGUUAGAGGGAUGUGUCAACCACUCUAUAGUUGUGCAAUUGUUACUAUGUUAAACAGAUCCUUGACCUUGGUUGGAAUUGCACUAGCUCAUCAUAUUGGCCAUAAUUUGGGUAUGUUUCAUGAUGGUGAUUUUUGUACAUGUGGACACCUUAGAUGUAUAAUGCAUACUUCAAACCCACCAAUAACAACAUUUAGCAAUUGUAGUCUUUCUUUUUUUUGGUUAUAUACUAUACACGAAGCAAAAUGUAUGCUCUACGAGAUAUACACAAAGGAUAUAUUUUCAAAGAAGCGUUGUGGGGAUGGUAUUGUUGAAGAAGAAGAGGAGUGUGACUGUGGACCUUUACAGAAUUGUGCAAAAGAUGCCUGUUGUCUAUCAAACUGCACUAUGACUUAUGGGUCUGCUUGUGCUCACGGACUUUGUUGCAAAGACUGCCAGUUAUUACCAUCUGGAGAAAUGUGUAGAAGAGAGGCCAAUGAAUGUGACCUUCCAGAGUGGUGUGAUGGAUCAUCCCCUCAGUGCCCAGAUGAUGUGUAUGUGGAGGAUGGAAUUCCUUGUAAUGAAAGUGCCUAUUGCUAUGAGAGGAGAUGUAAUGACCGCAAUGAACUGUGUAAGCAGAUUUUUGGCCCAGAGGCAAAGAGUGCAAGUCAAAAUUGCUACAAAAAUAUAAACACUCUUGGUGACCGCUUUGGUAACUGUGGUAUCCACCAGUCUUCAUAUGUAAAAUGUAAUAUCUCAGACAUCCUGUGCGGGAGACUUCAGUGUACGAAUGUGAGAGAAAUUCCCCUUUUGAGGGAUCAUUCUACUGUGCAUCAGUAUCGCUUUAAUGAGGUCACCUGCUGGGGUCUCGACUACCACUUUGGGAUGCCCAAACCUGAUAUUGGUGAAGUACAAGAUGGCACAGGGUGUGGUGAAGAACACCUCUGCAUUGACAGGAAGUGUGUCCAUUUAUCUCGCUUGGAUCGUAAUUGUUCACCUGAGUUCUGCAACAUGAGGGGCAUUUGCAACAACAGACAUCACUGCCACUGCAACUAUAUGUGGGACCCACCCAACUGCCUAGUAAGGGGCAAUGGCGGUAGCAUUGAUAGUGGCCCACCCCCUAAGAGAGAAAAGUUUAACAAAAGUUAUGUGUUAUGGUUCUCGCUUUUUUGGUUGUUUCUCUUAUUAUGUUGUCUUCUUUGCCUUUGGCUGAAAAGAAAAAAGAAAGAAGAAAAAGUUCCAACUCAAGCUGUAAAGCCAGAGCAAAAGGCUCCGAGUGGGGCUGCAACGCCAGCGCAAAAGGCUCCGAGUGGUACUGAAACGCCAGCGCAAAAGGUUCCGAGUGGGGCUGCAAAGCCAGCGCAAAAGGCUCCCAGUGGGGCUGCAACGCCAGCGCAAAAGGCUCCGAGUGGGGCUGCAACGCCAGCGCAAAAGGCUCCGAGUGGGGCUGCAACGCCAGCGCAAAAGGCUCCGAGUGGGGCUGCAACGCCAGCGCAAAAGGCUCCGAGUGGGGCUGCAAAGCCAGCGCAAAAGGCUCCGAGUGGGGCUGCAAAGCCACCUCAAAAGGCUCCGAGUGGGGCUGCAAAGCCAGCGCAAAAGGCUCCGAGUGGGGCUGCAAAGCCACCUCAAAAGGCUCCGAGUGGGGCUGCAAAGCCAGCGCAAAAGGCUCCGAGUGGGACUGCAAAGCCACCUCAAAAGGCUCUGAGUGGGACUGCAAAGCCAGCGCAAAAGGCUCCAAGUGGGACUGCAAAGCCACCUCAAAAGACUCCAAAGUCUCCGAGUCAGACUGCAAAACCACAGCAAAAUAUUCAGAGUCAAUCCAGCAUAUCAGUUCUCCAGAGUCAAAGUGGGAAACAAAAGUCAUCAAGCGUAAAAAGUGCACCUAAAUAA